AUGAUCAAUUUAGGGAUAAUGUUAUUCUUUGCUGCAACUUUUAACUUUGAACUGUGUUUCAGCGCGUGUGCUUGUGCUGAAUAUGAAAUAAAAGAAUGCUGCCCUAUGUGUGUACCAGGAACAGCAUUUAGUGACACUUUAUGUGGUAACUGCACAGUAGGGACUUACUCUGAUGGCUCUUUUACCGCCUGUCUACCAUAUUCAAAUUGUGAGAUUAAAGGCCUUACAGAAAUAAAACCAGGAACAAUGUCAUCUGAUGUGGAAUGUGGAAAGUCACUUCAAAUUAGUAUGAUUGUUGGAGUCAUUAUUGGAGUCAUUGUUGCUGUUGUUUUGGUG